UCUCACCCUUCCACCACCCAAUGUCGACACCGAUAUAGACAGCAUUGACUUGUGCCGCCCGCUCGACACCUCUCCCACGCUCGCCCGCCCGUAUACCUUGUGCCUCUCGAGAACUCCUCCUUCCAAUCCGACCGCACCUCACUCUACACACUUCAAAUUAGCACCGAAGCUUAAGCGGCCUGCUCUUCGGCCUCGCUCAGCAGCUCUUCCCUCGCAGUCCUACCAAUUCCUCACAAUAACACGCCAAGAUGUCGGCCGAAGACGCUUCGCCCGCCGUUGACUCGGGCAUUGGCAACCUUGCCGAUAAGAUGGGGGGACUUAGCACCGACGAGCGCCCCCGAACCGAGGAAGAAUACGCCCAGAGCCAAUUGACCUUGCGCGCAAUCGUGACUUCCAAGGAGGCAGGCGUGAUUAUCGGCAAGGCUGGCCAAAAUGUUGCGGACCUCAGAGACAAGACUGGCGUACGCGCCGGAGUGAGCAAGGUCGUGCCUGGCGUGCACGAUCGCGUUCUGACUGUCACCGGAGCUCUGACAGGCAUAUCUGACGCGUAUGGACUGGUUGCAGACAGCUUGGUCAAAGGAGUGCCGCAGAUGGGCAUGGGAGGCGUGGUCGGCAACCCGAACACACAUCCUAUCCGAUUGCUUAUCUCGCACAACCAGAUGGGUACCAUAAUCGGUCGUCAAGGGCUCAAGAUAAAACAGAUACAGGAUGCUUCGGGGGUCAGAAUGGUUGCACAGAAGGAGAUGCUGCCUCAAUCAACCGAACGCAUAGUGGAAGUCCAGGGAACCCCCGAAGGAGUCCAAAAGGCUGUCUGGGAGAUUGGCAAAUGCCUCAUCGACGAUGAACAGCGUGGUUACGGAACCGUUCUCUACAGUCCUGCUGUUCGUGUGCAAGGCGGUGCUCCUGCUCCACCUCUCAAUGGUACGGGCGCCAGCUACGGAGCUCCCAGAAGCUACAACCGCACCGGCAAUGGCGCCGACUUCACCGGAGGCCAAUCUCCCUCGUCAUACCCACCUCGUCGCAAUGGACCAUCUGACGGAGGCCCCCCUCCCCGCCCUGAAGACGGCGAGGAUAUCCAAACUCAAAAUAUCAGCAUACCGGCUGACAUGGUUGGCUGUAUUAUUGGUCGCGGUGGCAGCAAGAUCAGCGAGAUUCGCAAGAGCUCCGGCGCCCGCAUCUCUAUCGCCAAAGCUCCGCAUGACGAGACCGGCGAGCGCAUGUUCACCAUUACUGGCGGUCCCGCUGCCAAUGAGAAGGCCCUCUAUCUUCUCUAUGAGAACUUGGAAGCCGAGAAGAUGCGUCGGAGUCAGAUCCCAGAAGCCACGGCAUAG